GGGGCUUCGUUAAGGUGACUUCCGGUUUGUUUCCAAGGCAACGCCUUCAACAGUUCCAAACAUAGUCCGAGUCCGAGCUGCUGCUGCAUCUGAAGGAACAUGAAUUUACAAAAACCCGCAGAAGGGCCGAUGAACGAUGACGGUCAACCUGCAAAAAAUGGCUACUCCUCAGUUAUUUCCCAGAUUCCAGGUCUGUCCUCCACCCUGAGGUCGCUCCCUGAGGAGAAGAGUCAAGGACGCAGGUUCCGGGUCCUGGACAGCGACUCAGAAUACGUCAAAUUGGCCAAACAAGGAGGACACAAAGGACUUCUGUGGCACGAAGACACUCCGGCGUCUUCGCCUGCGGAGUACAGGCCUCCAGACUGGUUCUGUCCAGCUGAGGAGGACACCAGGAGGCCCAGAGUCUCCAACAGUGACGAGAAGAAAAACUCUGGAGGCUUCCACCAGCUGGAGCCUCCCUUUGGUACAGACAACAUGUCGGCCUGGGAGAGGGGAGACGACAGCGGCAGUUCUGAGAAGAACAACAACCAUGUCUCUGGUCCUUCCACAGACAAAUCCCAACAGGGCACUCCUGAGUUCUCCCCAGAGUCCGGCAAAUACAAGAGGAUAGUUUAUGACAAGAGACCAGCUCCUGUCAACAUGUCCAAGCUGCUCAGCUUUGGUUACGCUGACGACAAGAGCUCGUCCAACGGUCAGGGGACGUACAGGAAACUGUAGCUCCUGCCGUUCAACAAACGGACUGACCCAGAGUGUAAAGGGGAGUUCAUGUUUUGAAGUGUCGUAGUAGGAGGUUCUGAUGUGUUUAGUCAAACUGUGGACAUGGCUGCGUCUCCUCACUGAUGGACAACCACGUCUCUGGGGACACAGAGAAAAUCAGCAGUGUCAUUUCAUAAUACACAUGAAUAGUUGGCCCACUGCUGCCACCUAGAGUGAGUUCAAAUUUGUUACAUACUGACUUAGAUUGGAAACACACUGUAUCUCCAUCCUCGUGACCACAUCCACCAGAGGAGGCAGCAGUGAGCCUGUGGCUGCCCUGUCCCCACACCCCUAUUUACACUAACAGCUUUUUAUUUGAAUUGUUGUGAUUGUCAGCAGAUUAGAAACUGCCAGUGUGUGGAAAGAUCCAACAUCUUCUUUUAAAACAAUAAGUUGGUUAGGUGGUGGUGAUUUAUUUCUGUUUUGUAUGUGUGAACUCGUGUAAAUCGAUACAUGACCCCUGAUAUUUAUGUGCUGCUGUUGUUUUUUUUUUUAUUCAAACUGUGAAGAACAAUCACUUUUCAAAAAUAAAAAAAUUGAACAAAUGUUGUUGCUGUUUUGACUAUUGUCAACGUAGAAGGAGAUGGUUGGGUUGGAAAAUUAAAGACUGGAGGAGAAGAAGGUCACGGAACAAACUUCUCAAUUUAUCCUAAACCA